UGUCAUUGGUCGUUGUCAUUGACAGAAGUCACGUGGCUUCAUCACGUGACAUCCCGGAAGCUGUGAGGUGUUUUUUUUACUGUAUGUAUUGUCGGCUCACCGCGACGCCGAGUCGCACACAAUGCAUGUCGGUGAGACUCCAGAAGUAUGGAUAUGAUAAACAUUUUUCUACGUCCCGGCGUGCUUCUUGAGGUAAUUACCUGCCUUGUGUCGCCAUUGUGAGCGUCCACUCCGAACCAUCACCAUGGCAUCUUCGAGGUGCGUUCAGGACCUUGCCACAGAGAAGGACAGACUUCUUUCCUCCACGACUGACUACGGGCCUCAGGACCUUCUCGGGGCUAGUCUUGUGAGCGCCGACCUCCGCCAGCUGCAGGAACAGGAGGAGGAAGAGUCCCUGAGGAGGAAGCUCAAGUAUUUCUUCAUGAGCCCGUGCGACAAGUACCACGCCAAGGGACGCAAGCCCUUCAAGCUGGGCCUGCAGCUGCUCAAAAUCGUCAUCGUCACAGUGCAGCUGGUGCUCUUUGGCCUGAGCAACCAGAUGGUUGUGACGUUCAAAGAGGAAAACACAGCGGCGUUCAAACAUCUCUUUCUGAGGGGUUACCGUGACAACACUCCUCAGGCGGUCCACACGCAAAAAGAACUGUACAGCCACAUCAACUUUGCCAUUGCGCAGUACCUCGCUCUCCCUGAGAUCUCUCUGGGACAGUAUGCCUACGUACCAGGUGUCGGGGGAAAUGGAAGUGCACUCCUCCUGUGCCAGAGAUACUACAAGAGGGCCACCAUCAUCCCUGUCAAUGAGACCUUCGACAUCGAUCCUCAUAUUCUCACUGAGUGCAUUGGAGUCAGCCCGCAGACUCACGAUUCCGCUGGUGGAGACGGCGACUACAGGAACUUCACUCUCAACUUUUACAAGCUGAUCAAUGUGACAAUUGAUUUCCAGCUGAAGGCGAUCAACGUUCAGACCAUUAUCAACAAUGAGAUCCCUGACUGCUACACCUUUGCUAUCACGAUCCUCAUGGACAACCGAGCUCACAGCGGUAAAGUUAAGGUGAGUUUACAAAACCAGGCGUCCAUAAGGGAAUGUAAGGACCCCAACGUGUCUGGACAUGCGGAGAGCUACGCCCGGCAGUUCUUUGACGUGUUGGUGGCGCUCGUUUGCCUGCUCUCUCUGCUGCUGUGUGGACGCUCCGUCCUCAGAGGUGUAAUCUUGCAACACGAAUACGGACAGUUUUUCCAGAGCAGACUGGGCCGUGGCGUGAGCUGGGGUGACAGAAUGGAGUUCAUCAACGGCUGGUACAUUCUGCUCAUCGUAAGCGACAUGUUCACCAUCGUCGGCAGCUUCAUCAAGAUUGGGAUCGAGUCCAAGAAUUUAUCAUCCUACGACGUGUGUUCCAUCCUGCUGGGAACGUCCACUUUGUUGGUAUGGCUGGGAGUCAUCCGUUAUCUCAGCUUCUUUCAGAAAUACAACAUCUUGAUCGUGACACUCCGAGCUGCUUUUCCCAAUGUCAUCCGCUUCUGUUGCUGCGCGGCCGCCAUAUAUUUGGGAUACUGCUUCUGUGGAUGGAUUGUACUGGGCCCGUAUCAUACCAAGUUUCGCUCCCUGCCCAUGGUGUCAGAGUGCCUCUUUUCGCUGAUUAACGGCGAUGACAUGUUUGUGACGUUCGCCGAGAUGGAGCGGACCGGCACGCUGGUUUGGAUCUUCAGCCAGGUCUACCUUUACACCUUCAUCUCCCUCUUCAUCUACAUGGUGCUGUCCCUCUUCAUCGCGCUCAUCACCGGAGCCUACGACACCAUCAUGGCGCAAACACAGGAGCAGGUACGCGUCAGCGACCUCCAUGCGUUUAUCGCGGCGUGCACGGAUACGCCCAGCUCUGGGAGGUUCCGCAGUCCUGAGGGGUCGUCAUGCUCCUUCCUCUGCUGCUGUGAGUGGUGAGGAGGAGGACGUCAGAUUGGAGUCCCAGCAGGGAGGAUGAAGAUGAGGAUGAUGCAGAGAACCAACUGACCUUGAACCGCUCUGUUCUCUCUCUAACCGAACUGUGCAUUCCUACUCAUGCUGUUACACUCGCGUAUUCUGCACCAGCUCAAUGACCAGCUUUGGCUUUUAUUCUGAAGGGAUAAUGACUUGCUGUAAAAUGUAAAGCCAGUAAUCACACAACGUACUUGAACUCACCAUCAUGUAAAGACUUUUUUUUAUUAUUAUUUUUAGCAUUUUUAUUGUCAAUGUCAGGAUUUUUAAAUGUUCCUUGCAAAGUAGAAUAGACACCAAAAUAACUAUUGCGAUACGGUGUACACUAGGGGUGUCAUGAUACAACUUUUUAUUUUUAUUUUUUACUUCCGAUACGAUUUUGAAGCAUGAUUAUUGGCCGAUACCGAUAUUGAUCUGAUACGAUAUUAUAGGGCUGGGUGAUAUGGCUGAAAACUGUAUCACGAUAUAAAUGUUUUUCUCGGAUGAUUAUUAAUAUUUUUAUGAGCUAUCGAAAGGAGCAGAAGACAAAUAUAUAAAAUGUCAAAAUUUGUAUUACCUUCCUCUGAUUUUAGGCAGAAGGUCAACACAAGCGUGGAAAACACUCAAACAUUAUCCUAAUAUAUAUAUAUAUAUAUAUAUAUAUAUAUAUAUA